AAAUCUUGUUUUAAAGUAGAUAUUUAUAUUUUGUUAGGUAUAUGAAAACACAAACUUGUUGGCUACAAAGUAUGUAUUACAUUUCUCUGGACAAUAAUAGCCUUCAGUACAAAUUCAAAACUUGACCUGUCGGAUUCUAAUAAUAUUAUAUUGGAAUUUUGUGCACGUAGACCCAGGUUUAUUGGUCGCGUAAUCAGCCUCUAUAUCCUUUUUAUUUCGUAAUUGUUCACAUUAUAAUACCUUAACUACUCCAUAACAAAAUCUAUAACAAAGAUAACAAAAACUAUUUUAUUCGACCACAAAUAGGCAAAUUUAGAUCCGCCUGGAGCGCGAGCGGCCUUAAAACAAAACUAGCGGCAGUUCGAUGUACAUUGCUGCUUUUUGUUUGUUUCUUCGGGAUACCAUACUUUCGUUUACUUUAUUUUACUGUACUAGCAUGUCCAGCUUAACAAACUAUAUUAAUUAUUAUGUGAUAUUUAAAGUCAACUACUACCAGUCACCAAAACAUACCUAUGGCGGAUAGGUUGUAUUGGAAAAAGGUCUAACAAGUGGUAUUGGAAAAAGGUGAUUUUAGUUACGUCAUAAGCUGAGACAUAAUAACUAUUAAAUACAAACCAGUCUAUAAUCUACUCAGUCUACUGAGUGUUAUUGUAACACGAGUUAAAAAAACAAAACUAAUGUAAGUAAAAAGCAAUUGUUAUUUAAAGACCUCGAUUACAAAACAUAUUUGUACAGUUUGCCAACUCAUGAAACAAAUAAGUUACGAUAUUGUAAAUGUCAAUGAAUAAUAAUAAUAAAAACAUUCUUUUUUGUUAAUUCCCGCCGGCCUGUUGAUCACGCAGGUCGUGUGUCAACAAUAUGGCGCAUUUUGUUGUUCUUUUUUGUUUAGUAAUUUCCACGGCGACCGCCACGACACCUGUUGUCAAUGAAACCGAUGACAGCAUAAUUCCUACUGCCCCUGCGACGAGUGUCCCUCGAAGAUGCCCGCCAAAUGAGGAGCUCAAGCUAAGAGGAUCCUGCCCCCCGGAUUCUUGUGACAUGCUAUAUAUGUCCGUUCUGUGCAUCGCAAACCAAACUAAAGAACUUUUGUGCACUUGCAAACCAGGCUAUCUGAGAAGAAACACUACCUGUGUUCCUGAAGACCGGUGUCUUCCACCCGAAUGCGCCCAUGACCCCAACGCUAUAAGAGGAUGUGGCAAUAGAUGCGGAAAAACAUGCGCAGAUUACAAUACAACCCAAGUGUGCAAAAACAAUGUAUGCCAUGUUAACGGAUGCGACUGUAGAGAUGGAUUUGUUUAUGAUCAAAACACAAAGAAAUGUGUUAAACCCGAACAGUGCACCAAGCAAUGCAAGGGAUCGUAUGAAAUAUACAUUGACUGUCCAGCCGGCCAAUGUAAAGCCAAAACUUGUGAUGACCUUGUGAAUCCUCCUGGUUGUCCAAGAAUAAAACCUCCGUGCCCAGGGGGCUGUGUUUGUAAACAUGGUUAUUUAAGAGACAAGAGUGGAAAUUGUAUACCGAAGGAACAGUGUCCUUGUCUGCAAUGUAAGAAGAAAAACGAACGCUGGUCAAACUGCGUGAUCGGAGAAUGCGUUCCAAGGACUUGCGAAGACGUUGGGUAUCCAGUAAGCUGCCCAGACAUUAUAGGCCCCUGCGCUGGCGGCUGUACUUGCAUUGAAGGCUUCGUAAGAAACUGUACCGGAGAUUGCAUAGACAUGAAGAAUUGUCCAAGUUGUGGAGGAGAUCCUAAUGCAGUAAGUGGUUGCGGUAACACAUGUGGUAAUACGUGCGCGAGACUGUAUACGAACAAUUCCGACUUGAUCUGUCCCGAAUAUUGCGAGUACAAUGGCUGCGACUGCAAACCCGGAUACCGUCUUCUAACAAAUAACACAGAGUCUAAAAAAUGUGUUCCGGAGAAGGAAUGUCCUAAGCCUGCAUGUGGAGUGAACGAACAGUACUACUGCGGUACUUCAUGCCCCGAAGCCAGCUGUGUCAACCCCACGCCUCCAACGUGCGUCAACAAGAAAUGCAAAUUGGGUUGCUUCUGCAAAAAAGGAUUCGUCAGAGAUUCCAACAACAUAUGUGUGCCGGUCAACAAGUGUACCAAAUGUAAAGGACCCCAUGAAAGACUCAUAAGUUGUCCAGCCGGUCAAUGUAUCCCAAAAACAUGUAAGGACCUAAUAAUUCCACCUGGCUGUCCGAGAGUAUUGCCUCCUUGCCCAGAUGGCUGUAUUUGCGAAGAAGGUUACCUACGAGAUGCAAAUGGAAAAUGUAUUAAGAAGUCACUGUGUCCCAAAGCUUCUUGCAAAGCUAAUGAAACCUACGUAUUGUGUGCUGUCAAGUGUCCCGAUAAGUACUGCCCGAAAAUCGAUGGACCCCAGCCUGUAUGCGACCCGCCCAAACCCUGCCCUCCAGGAUGCAUAUGCAAGGUCAAUUAUAGAUAUGACCAAUCUGGAAAAUGCAUACUUGCUUCUGAAUGCCCACCAUUAAAAUGUAAGGAUCCUAACGCAAUAUGGGAUUCAUGCCCUUCAGCCUGCUUGAAUGAGCAAUGCGAAGCCACUAACUCUCCGCCCGUGACGUGCAACACAUUGCUUCUAAAUUGCAACCCUCGAUGUGUAUGUAAGCCCGGGUAUUUUAAACACCCGGAAACCGGAUUAUGCGUGCCAGCUAAAGAAUGUCCGGGCGUGUGUAAAGACCCCAACGCCUCCUGGAAAAAUUGCCGUGACCCCUGCCCAGGCACUUGCCAAAACACUAAACCAAUAUGCUUGAACAAAGCUUGUAGCCCUGGAUGUCAGUGCAAUGAAGGCUACGUUUUAUCUAAACUAGGGAAAGGUGGGAAAUGCGUUAAAAUUGAAACCUGCGCAGAUUACGCCCACUGUCCCGCCAAUCAAACCUUUGUACAUUGCACAUUUAAAUGUCCCCAAGUAAUGUGUCCUAAGUCAGACCAAACGAUUUUGUGCAAACCACCGCGAGACUGCCCUGGAGGGUGUGGAUGCAAGCCCUACUAUAGGUAUGACGCCAAUGGAAACUGCAUCAAGGCGGCUGAUUGUCCUCCAGUCGAAUGCACCAGAACACACGAGGCGUGGACAUGCAAACAUAUAGGUGACUGGGAGAAUUGCGAUGAGAGAUACAACUCUCCUCCGUUUUGGCCAGGCGACCCUGAUGAUUGCGAGCCGAAGUGUGCGUGCGAAAAAGGGUAUUGGAGAAACCCUCAGACGAAUAAAUGUGUUACAGAAAAUGAAUGCCCUCCAAUUACUGAAUAAAAAGACACGCAGAAGAACGACGAGUAAUUAUAUCCUAAAUUCUAGUUGUUUUCCUAAACUACAAAUAAUUAUGUGUAUCUAUUUUAUAUGUAGUUUCAUUUUUUGUAUUGUAUAGUUGACGUCAAAGAUAUGUUUACACUUGUGCACCUUCCUCCUUUGUAAUACGGCAAAAAUUAUGAACAUAUCUUUGACGUCGACUGUACACAUCUCCCAAGUAGGUAACGUGUCUACACGUUAUCAUGUAAAUGUAUUUAUGUUUUUAUAUUAUAAAUUAUUAUGUUAA